GUAUUAUUAUCCUGUUCUCCCUCCAUGGAUUAAUUUUUACACAAGAUUUAGAGACAAGAAGUUUGUGAGAAAUUUAUGGGAAAUUAAAAAAGAUAUCCUUUCGUUUUGGGUUUUAUUGUUGAAGAGAGAAAAUAAAAAGAAAGAAGAGAUGGUAGAAUCAUGUUACACGCAUGAGUUAAAGGGAAGGUGGGAAGCAACUUUCACGCAUGAAUAAAGGGAAGGUGAGAAACAACUUUCACGCAUGGUUAUCAAAUCUGGAUCGGUCUGGCCGGUUCUACCGUAAAAUUGGUAAUGGGAAGCUAAAUCGAUCCGGGUUACUCUGCUAAUCAUUCUUGCAAUUGAACCGCAGAAAAUCCUCCCUCUGUUUACAUUGUGAGACCUGAAACAACAAUCUUGCCAGAAAACUCCUCAUGGACCAUAAGGCCUUAUGCGCGAAAGGACGAUGCAGAAGCAACGAGGUGUGUAAGUGUGUAAGAGAAUGGUCAAUAAAGGCAGUGAAAGAUGGCAUGAAAUUCCCAUAGUGCACACAACAUCACAGCAUUCCAGCUAUGAUAUUCUCUACUUCAGGCUAUAUUGGCAAACACUUCCAUGAAUUCACAGACAUCAUCAUCCCACUGUUUCUGACUUCUAGACAAUUCAAUGGACAAGUUAAAUUUGUUGUGUCCAAAAUGCGUCCUUGGUGGAUUUCUAAGUACCAAGCAAUUCUCAGUAAGCUGUCCAAUUAUGAGGUCUUGAACAUUGACAAAGUUGACCAAGUUCACUGCUUCACAGGUGUGAAUGUUGGUCUCAAAAGGUAUCCAAAAGAACUAAGCAUUGACCCUCAAAAGUACUUCUAUUCCAUCAAAGACUUCAGGAGUUUUCUGAGAGACUCUUAUUCAGUGAAGAGAGUUAAUGCAAUCAAAUUGAGAGAGGAGGGUGAAGAUGAGAAUAAUAAGAAUAAGAAGCAGCAGCCAAGGCUUUUGAUUCUUUCAAGAAGAAGAACAAGAUCAUUUACUAACACAGCUGAAAUAGCAAAGAUGGCUAGAAGCAUGGGAUUCGAGGCGAUCGUAAUGGAAGCUGGUGGAAGCAUGUCAAGCUUUGCAAAUGUGGUGAAUUCUUGUGAUGUGAUAUUGGGAGUUCAUGGAGCUGGCCUCACUAACAUUGUUUUCCUUCAUUGUUUUCCUUCCUGAGAAUGCAGUUUUGAUACAAGUAGUUUCGUUUCGAAUGGCUUGCUAAAUAUGACUUUGAAUUGCCCUCAAAGGAUAUGGGACUAAAGUACUUGGAUUACAAGAUAAGUGUGGAAGAAAGCACUCUUAUUCAGCAAUAUCCACAAGAUCACAUGAUCAUAAAGCACCCCCCAUCUAUUGGGAAACUUGGAUGGGAAAGAUUCAAGUCUCUGUAUUUGGAACAACAGAAUGUGAUGCUAGAUCUCAAUAGGUUUGUGCACAUUUAUUUACACAUUCAUUUUGUGCACCACAAGGAUAGCAACACCAGCUUUGAACUAAAAUGUGGACAUAAUGACGUAAUUAUUUUAACAUUAGUGCUCAUACAAUAUAAUAUACGAUUAAAAAUUCAUAUUAGUUCAACGUAAUGUUA